AGGAGAGAGAAAUGUGUAAGAAAUGUUAUGAACUACAAAUUCUUAACCAAAAGGAGAAAGUGGAAGUUUAAUUGGAACGGGUGAAAAAGGAAAGGUGGAAGAUAUAAUAGGAACGGAGGGAAUAUCAUUUUUCUCACGUGGUCGAAGCUGGUGGUGGAAGGUGGUUGUUUAGGCGGCAGUCGAGUAUAUUUUUUACAUUUUUUAUUUUUUAUUUUUGUUUUUAGGUUUUUUAUUUUUUUUCUAUUUUUUAUGUUAUUUAAUAUUUAUGUUCGUAUUUUUUAUUUUUUUUUACAUUUUUAUUAUAAAUAAAGUUAUGUUAUUACUUUCAUGUUUUAGUCUCUCCUACCCGCUAAAAUCAUUCCAUUUUAGAUUUUCGGAAAAUCUCAUUGUUCCAUAAUAAUUGCAGAGGAAACAUUUGAAAGAGGGCGUUCGGGGAAUGAGAUCCGUGACUUGGGCGACGCGAGGAAGAUUCUCAGUCCGUAAUUCCGUCACCAAACCGGCGACUUCUUCUGGGAGAGGCAUCCGCGGUGGUAGUCGGCUAUUAUCCAGGUACCAUGUGGAGCAAACACAACCGGCGAUCGGAUGCAGGUGCGGCUCAGGCUAACAAGCACGGUAGCGUCCUGUACGGAGUCGACGCCCUCAACACUGGGCAUCUCUCACCUCGUAGAUUGGAGAUCGAGCCCAGACUUUCCGCGGGGCUGAUUGGAGUAUGCGGCCAGAACCAGAUGGAAGUCUACAAAGGUGCUUCCUUCCUAGGCGUACAGAUUGGAGCUCGAGUUUUUUAUGAUGUUAUUUGUUUUGGAGGAUUUGUCAGAAUAAUUGAGAGGGGACAUGAUUCUCUAUUUAUUCAGAGCGACCUUGAUGAAUUCAAUUGCUUCAAUUUUUUUGCAAUUGAACACGAUUCAGAUGAGGUUGUUUUGGACAUGUGGAGUUCUCAUAUGAAUUUGGACUUUUUACCUUUUAAUGGAGGUUAUCAUCACUCUUGGGAAAUCGAGCUUUCCAUUUCAGAGCAUUACUUCAAGUUGAUAUUGAGCAUUUCGAAAAACGCUCGUUGGAUUUGGUUUCUAUUGAAGAUGCCCACAACCCUCUGAUGAAUAUUGAACCUGAGCAAACCUCUAAAGAAUAUGCACAACUCAAGGAUUUCUUUCAUGCCACUUUGACAAAUGGGGUUGACUCACUUUCACAUUAUGUGCUUUGUGAAUUCGAGAGACUUCUUACUUCUACUUUGCGAAAUUUGUCUUUAGGACCCUAUAAUUGUUAGAGCAGGUAGAAGAAUAACAGAAAAACGGAUAAGCUGAUAAUUGGGGAAAUAGGCUGACUACCAUUUGUACAGCCUGAUGCCUUUAUUUAUAAUGUGCAAAAUACACUUAUUGAAUUAAUCUUGGUAUUUACAUCUUAACAUCCCCCUUAAUACCAAGAUUAACAAACAGAACAAGCAAAUAUAAUGCUAAGAUUACAAACUGACAACAUUUAGCAUCUCCUUAAAUUUCUGAAAAUUCUCAGUCUUCAAUGCCUUAGUGAACACAUCUGCUAUCUGCUCCUCUGUGUUGCAAUGAAUCAGUUGGAUUCUCCCCUUAUUAACCUGAUCCCCGAGAAAGUGAAAUCUUGUUUCAAUGUGCUUGCUUUUUGCCAUGAGCAACUGGAUUCUUGGCCAAAUUUAUAGCAGAUUUGUUGUCCACUAAAAGUUGUAAUCCACAGCUAUUCAUCUGAUUCAUUUCCUCUAGCAAGGAUAGGAGCCAUAACCCUUCACAUGUAGUGUGACAUGCUGCAAUAUACUCAGCUUCACAAGUAGAC